CAGAUUAAUAAGUUGUUCCAAUCGCAGACCCACGAUGCUUGCCAGAAAUUAAUAUACCUCCUCACCUCCAGCUCCACUAGAAGACACUCGGGGGCUUGCAGAGCGAGGAAGGAUGAUCCAGGUCGCACUGCAGCAAGGAAAACGCUUUCAGAAUUUCAGGCUACAGAUCUUUGCUUUGCGUGGUGCUUUGUUCUCAACUGCUGCCGAGCCGUCCUCCAAGCAGCAGAAGCCUCUGAGGGUUCCCAAUCUCAUUGGUGGUAGCUUUGUAGAUUCACACUCAGUUGAAUCUAUUAAUGUUAUAAACCCUGCAACACAAGAAGUUGUUUCCCAAGUUCCUUUAACUACCAAUGAUGAGUUUAAAGCUGCAGUGUCUGCAGCAAAACUAGCUUUUCCAUUGUGGCGUAACACACCAAUUCCUACCCGCCAACAUGUUAUGUUCAAGCUCCAAGAGCUUAUUCGGAGAGACAUUGAUAAGCUUGCGUUGAACAUUUCUAUUGAGCAAGGAAAAACAUUGAAGGAUGCACAAGGCGAUGUAUUCCGUGGAUUAGAGGUGGUGGAACUUGCUUGCGGUAUGGCAACUCUGCAAAUGGGAGAGUUCGUUCCCAAUGUAUCUACUGGAAUUGAUACAUACAGCAUUAGAGAGCCACUCGGUGUUUGCGCUGGGAUAUGCCCUUUUAACUUUCCAGCCAUGAUUCCCUUAUGGAUGUUCCCGCUUGCAGUAACAUGUGGUAAUACCUUCAUUCUAAAACCAUCAGAGAAAGAUCCAGGUGCUUCUAUGAUGCUUGCAGAGUUGGCAUUGGAAGCUGGUUUGCCAAAUGGUGUCUUAAAUAUAGUUCAUGGGACCAAUGACAUAGUUAAUGCUAUUUGUGAUGAUGAGGACAUCAGAGCCAUAUCAUUUGUUGGUUCAAAUACAGCUGGCAUGCAUAUAUAUUCGAGGGCAUCGUCCAAAGGGAAACGCGUUCAGUCCAAUAUGGGAGCGAAAAAUCAUGCAAUUGUCAUGCCUGAUGCAGAUGUGGGUGCUACUUUGAAUGCUUUAGUUGCCGCUGGUUUUGGUGCUGCCGGACAACGAUGCAUGGCUCUUAGCACAGUAGUUUUUGUUGGAGAUUCAAAAUCUUGGGAAAAUAAAUUAGUGGAGCGUGCUAAAUCACUCAAAGUAAAUGCUGGAACAGAACCAGAUGCUGACCUUGGCCCAGUUAUUAGCAAACAGGCAAAGGAAAGGAUAUUAAGGUUGAUUCAAACUGGUAUUGAAAGUGGUGCUGGACUUUUGCUUGAUGGGAGAACCAUAACGGUUCCAGGAUAUGAGCAUGGCAACUUCAUUGGUCCCACCAUCUUAACUGACGUCACAGCCAACAUGGAGUGCUACAAGGAGGAAAUUUUUGGUCCAGUUCUUCUUUGCAUGCAGGCUGAUAGCUUAGAAGAGGGCAUAAGCAUCAUCAACAGGAACAAAUACGGAAAUGGAGCUUGUAUAUUUACCUCUUCUGGUGUAGCUGCAAGGAAGUUCCAGACUGAGAUCGAAGCUGGGCAGGUUGGAAUCAAUGUGCCCAUUCCAGUUCCUUUACCCUUCUUCUCAUUUACUGGAUCCAAGGCAUCAUUUGCUGGCGAUCUAAAUUUCUACGGUAUGAGCUACACAUCAAAAGCUCUGUUUAGUUCCAUCUUUUUAAUUUUUUGGCUUCACAAUUAUAUAGAACAGACCGGGAGUAGAUUUCUGGAUUGUAAAUUGGUUAUUUCUGAUUUUCAGGUAAGGCCGGAGUUAAUUUCUACACCCAGAUAAAGACGGUGACUCAACAGUGGAAAUAUGCUCAUGGUGGCAAGACAGUUUCCCUGGCUAUGCCAACUUCUCAGAAGUCAUAAUGUAUGCAUACAAAAUGUCUGAAGCCUUUGGGCAGAAUGUUAUGACCUUCUGUAGCCCCAAUGGGUCAAAAUAAUAAUGAUAAUAAUAAAAUAAUUAUAAUUAUAAUAAUAUCAAGGUUUUUCCCCUGCA